CCACUAUUUGCUUACGGAUAUGGCAGGAUUCGACAACUCGGAGUCAAAUCAGUGAUGGGACUACCUGGAGAUAUGAAUCUUGAAUUAUUGCAUUAUAUGAAAGAUACCGAUCUACGUUGGGUUGGUAACUCAAAUGAGCUCAAUGCGGCCUACGCUGCUGAUGGCUACUCGAGAAUCUCAGGAGGUCCUGGUGUUUUGCUCACGACGAUGGCUGUUGGGGAACUGAGCGCUAUGAAUGGUAUUGCGGGCUCUUAUGCCGAGAAUGUAAAGAUCAUCCAUGUUGUUGCUGCAACUGGGAAGAUGGCGCAAGAAAGUAAAGUGGUUAUGCACCAUACAUUGGGUUCUUCUCCCAAUCAUAGAAUAUUCGAGAAAAUGUCAGCUCCUGUCAGAGUAGCCCAUUGUUACCUCGAUGACGAGAAGAUCGCUGCGCAGGAAAUCGAUAGAGCCAUCCACGAGUGCCACAUCCAAUCUCGACCAGUAUAUAUCUACGUUCCAGUCGACAUGGUCCAUAAAUCCAUUUCUUCGGCCACCCUCGAGCAACCUCUGUUGUCAUCUCGGCCAGAGAGCCCAGAGAGCACCAAAUUCCAGGACUCUGCCUUAGACGCAGUUUCUUCCGCCAUCUAUGAAUCCAAAAACCCAGUCCUCUUAGUCGACUCCCACGUUAUCCAAUUUGGCGCCAAAGACAUCGUCAGAGAAUUAGCAGAUAACCUUCAAUUCCCAGUCUUCUGUCCGUUCAUGGGAAAAUCCAUUAUCGAUGAAAAGAAAACGUAUUUCUAUGGAACGUACAAUGGAAAAUUCUCCUACCCAGGGAUCCAAAAAGCGGUUGAAGAAGAUAGUGAUCUUGUUAUCCAUCUCGGUCCUUUGCCAACCGAUAUGAACACCGGGGGAUACACAGCUCGAGUCGACCCCAAGAAGUUGGUAUCGGUCGAAGAAACAAAAGUCAUUGUCAAAGGAGACGUAUUCGAGAUUGUGUACCUUAAAUCUUUCAUCACCUCCCUCCUCUCCUCCCUCAACGCCACCAAACUCCCAAAACCUCAUCCUCUCACAAUAUCACCGCCUCCAGAGCCAGAAGAUGCAACCAGCACCGAAAUUACACAAUCCUACCUCUGGCCGCGCCUCGGAACCUUCCUCCGCGACGACGACGUCCUCUUCGCCGACGGCGGAACCACACAUUUCGGGCUCCAAGACGCUACGCUCCCCGAUAUCACGUACGUGAUGCAGAACCACUGGGCGAGUAUUGGGUAUGCUACUCCGGCUUCUUUUGGUGGUGCUUUGGCGCUGCAAGAUAUAGGCGUGGGUGGAAAGGGAAGAGGAAGGGUGGUUUUGAUUACUGGGGAGGGGGCGUUGCAGUUGAGUGUGCAGGAGGUGGGGAGUAUGGUUAGGGAGGGGUUGGAUGUGAUUAUGUUUCUUCUCCUUGAUUUUACGCAGGCUGAUAGAGUAGGUUACCAUGACAUCGCGACCUGGGACCAUAGGCACAUGCUGUCUUUCUUUGGAGUUCCAGAUGGAGAGAAACGUACACAUCAAGUCAGAACAAAAGAGGAACUGGAGACUGUGCUUGGAUUGCCGGAAAUGAUAACUCCGAAAGGUAACCAAGUUAUAGAAAUUUAUGUAGAUAAGAUGGACUUUCCAUGGAGACUGAAAGCUUUUGGGAAAGCGUAUAGGGAUAUGAAGGGUUGA